UACGCGAAAAGCUUCAAUUCACCUUCCACAACAGAGAGAGAGAGAGAGAGAGAGAGAGAGAGAGCACAAAAAGUUAGGUUUUGAUAGACAGAGGAGGAGAAAAUAAUCAAUAAUGGGUUCGGGAUCCUUCUUCAAGGUGGUGGCUAAAAAUUUCGAUGUUCUUGCUGGGCCAGUGGUCACACUUGCUUAUCCUCUGUAUGCUUCUGUCAAGGCAAUAGAGACAAAAUCCCCUGUCGAUGAUCAGCAGUGGCUCACUUAUUGGGUGUUAUACUCGUUCCUUACUUUAUUUGAGCUUACAUUUGCGAAAAUAAUCGAAUGGCUUCCUUUUUGGUCUUAUGCAAAGCUCAUAUUCAACUGUUGGUUGGUCUUGCCCUACUUUAAUGGCGCUGCAUACGUUUAUCAACAUUUCGUGAGGCCGCUGCUUGUCAACCAGCAGAUAAUUAACAUCUGGCAUGUUCCUAGGAAGAAAGACGAUUUGAGUAGACCUGAUGAUGUACUAUCAGCUGCAGAGAGAUAUAUCGAAGAGAAUGGAUCAGAGGCAUUUGAGAGGCUCAUAAGCAAGACUAGAAACGUAUCAAAUUCUCGGAGCAACAGACGUUCAAUUCUGGUAGAAGGUGAGGCUGAAAGCAAAUCGAAGUACGAAGAAGAAACGAAUCCCUGGGGUACUGAAAAUCAUUUGAUCUUUCAUGACAGUUAUAGAUACUGAACCUGAACUUCCUUUUAUGCAUAAAAUACCAUCUAAUCAUCUUACCAAAUCUGUUCAAACUUUUUAUGUUGAUGAAAAAGUUUUCAUGUAGCUAUUUAAUGUAAAUGGAUUGGCUUUUCACUGAUGUCACAUUUUAACAAGAAAGUAUCCUGUCAUGCAUGUCUACCGUAUCGGUUCAACAAUUUCAGUGUUUUUGCUUUUUUAUUAAAUAUCGAGCACGGUUCUUAUUGGAGGUAUCUUUUUAAUAGUAGGAAUGAUUAGUAAUUUUAUAUGAUAGCAGUUCCAUGCAUCGGUUGUAUGGCUUCUCUGAUGUAAAAAUUGUGCUGUAAUUUGUUUCUGCAACAUUACCCCUUAAAUUCAUAGAUAUGUCUAUGUUUAUUGAACAUUUCCGAGGAAUGGUUGAAUUACAGAAGAAUGAUGCAGAUUGUCAGUUUCUACGUAUGUUGGUUUGUUUAACAAUUUGAAAUGUCCUCAGAUGUAGGGCCAGACAGUGAUAUUUAUUAAAAAUUGAAAGAAUGGAGUAUUUGUUUA